AUGAGUCAUCCAUACGCUACGAACGAGCCUCUACACGGCGCCGGCGACGACGCCGAGCACGCUGUGUCAAAUGUCGUCUCACCGUUGUCGGGCGCCGCACCACCCGUUGCCGCAAUGACGCCUUCACCGGAAGAGCACGCGGACGGAAGCGACAAUGCACACCCUGCCGCCAGCUCAUGCACGGUGGAGAAACACACCCUCUGCGACAACACUCAGGUGAUACACGGCAGCGAUCAGGACGACAUAGCCACUGCCGUCUCGCACUCACCUGAUGUGUCGUCACCAUCCUCCUCGUCCUGUUCUGCUGAAUCGUCGAUGCCACCGUCGUGGCUGCCCUCCCGCUCCUCCUCAUGCUCUUCGGCAACAUCCUCCUCGGUCAUCUGCGCUUCUGAUUGCUCGUCGUGCUCAUCCGGCAACGCGGACCUCGUCGCUGACGGCGCCAGUAGUCCGGAAUCGGGCCACAGCCAUCACCUCCAUCAAGGGCACCGCCACCGCCACCGCCGCCAUCACCGCCAGAAUUCUUCACGUCACUGCUCAGAUGAUAGACACGUCACGCAUGGCGAGGUCGACAGACGUGUCGGUACAACAGCGUCGCGGCGCGUGCAGACGUCUGAGCACACGCGCUUUACCAGCGUUCUAGCCGGUGGUAGGCGGGGUAGCGACCGUGACGGACCCGGCGCCGCUACUGCGGUCUCCUGCGGUCGAAUCGACGGAGAUGUCGAUGGUGGCUCAUCUUGCACACAGGACGUUGCGUGGUGGAGGUCCUUUGCGGCGGCCGCCAAAGUCACGGGGGCCGUGUCCACCGCGACAUGCGACGUGCAUCCCUACUGCUGCGCACCACACAGUCCUCAGUUCCCGCUACAACGCCAACAACAUGCUGCUGGGGUUGAUCCGGCUUGCCGGGAUGUGGCAACGACACCGCAGGCUGCAGCAACGCAGCGACUCUCGAUCAUUUCGCCUUUUGUGGCCACUGUCUCGGGCACGCUUUUCGCAUCUCCGACGCCGCUCCCACCGCCUCACCCGCGCCGAUCGUCAUCGGCGCGGAUCGUUACUUCUAAUGCGUUUAUCACACACAUCACUGGUGGUGUCCCGCGCUCCUCGGAGUCGCUCUUCACAGGCAAAGGCAGCGGCGGCCGCUUCGCUUCCACCGCCAUGGAUGGGAGUGUACAAAUGCACCCGUCGCGCAGCGUCGGCUGUGUCGCGAGGCAUGCGCAGUGUGGUACGCUGCGCCGCUCCUUCUCUUUCACCUCCGGGGUCCCUCCCGUGUCAGCUUCCAGCUACGAAGUGCCUCCGUUUUCCACCAGUCGUGCUGCAUCUCCUAUCGCCGCUGCUAACGCAGCAAUCGGUGCGCCCCGCACUUCGCUCACCGGCGAGCGCCAGCAUGAGCGAACCGCCUCCGUUGCCUCCUCGGUGUACUCUGCUUCGUCAUCGGCGCGCCCGUCGGUUCCCUUGCCGCCAUCGCACGUUGGCAUCGCCUCAAAUAUGAUGGCGGCCGUGUGGGUGGACUUGCCCCUGUCGCAGUCGGGCAGCCGGAGCGCCACGCCGCUGAACAGCAGCGAUGCGUAUGCGCCGCCGCGUAGGCGUCGCACAACGCCGCGCCGCUGCUCCAGGCCCCAAAGCCCGGCAACAAGUACACUGGCGGCCUCGGGCGCGUCCUCGUUGGAUGGCGCCGGCUACAUGUCUUCGGCUACCGGCGGCGCACCUAUUAGUGCGCGUCGCCUGCUGGUGACGGUCAGCACGCAGACGGACAACGACCGGAUCACUGUCGAGGGUUGCACAACGCCAGUCUCCCUUCCUCGCCACCUCUACUGCAAGUCCUCAUCGACUUCCCCUUACGCCGCAAAGGUCGGCGGUGGCGAGCACUGCGGCUACGCUGCACACCAGUAUAAUCUGAAUGGCCCCUUCGAGCGUGACGGCGCGGCUUUGACAGCGGCGGCAUCGGUGUCGUCGACCUCAGCGGAGGUGUCGCCGCGCUCCUUGCUUGCGAGCGCAGCCGAAAUACGCCUCGACGACCACGUAGCCCAAGCGGUACUUGACACUGAUGCUGCACGAUGCGUGCAGCAGCACACCACCGGGGAUGACAUGCCUGCCGCACCGCCCAACGCGCCAACAUCUCUGUCCACCGACGUGGCCACGAAAGGAAAUCAUCUGAGUGAAGGCGACAGCCGGUCAAGUGCUUCGGCCGAGCCUCCGGGCACGAUGUACGUGUAUCAGACCUUGUGCGUGGAUGUGCCGCCUCUACAAGGGGGCACCAAAGCUGCCGCCGCCGCUGUGAACACUUCAGCGGCGACUGAGGCAGGCACGGACUCGACAGCGGGAAUUCUCGCACCCCCAGCGACGUUUUCGUUGCCCACGUCGUUUGUGACUCAGUUGAGAGGUGUCGUGCCACCAGCGCUCCCGCAGUCUGAGGCGGGUGCACCGCCAGCAGGGGGCGUCCCUCAGCCCACCACUACAGCGGCUAUAUCCGAUGAGGCAGGUGCACACAGUACACUGAAGGCAGCUGGAGGAGAAGGACGUCGUGGCGCCGCGAGAGGCACGGGGUCGGUAGGCUGCGGGGAAACCGCGUCUGUGGAGGAAGCUGGCGACGCCCCAUACCCGCAGCCUCUGCCACCCUCACGGCGCGACGAAGUGUGGCGGCUUCGCGCAGAGCUCGCCGAAAUGCGCCACCAAUACGCGCAGGUGGUGCGGCAACUUCGCCAAAUGCAAGAGUCCGCUGUUGCGGCUGGUCCCGCGGCUGGCUCGAGGCAGUCCGCUGCCGCGGCAGCGGCGCUGAAUGCAGGACAUCGAGUGGCAACGGAGGCAGUGCUCAUCACAAACUCGCCCCCUCUUCCAGCCGCAUCGCCUCCCUCGUCUUUGCGUUCAGUCGCCAUACAAAACCGCUCCGGCGCGCCUGAGAAUCCCUUGGUGGAGUCGGCCUCAUCCGUUUCAUCCAACAGCGAUAACAGCGGGGACGCUGCCACGGUGACGCUAGAUCGUGUGCGAGCGGCCCUGCAACGGGCUAGAGAACGUGCGACCAACUAA